AUGACGACGGUCCGCAGCGCGCUGGGACUAGCGGCGGUCGUUUUGGCGACGGUGCUAGUACAAGUUUCGACGACAGAUUAUUUCACGAUUCGCGUUAACAACAAGCUGAGCAGCAAAAAGGCGGUGAUAGUGCAUUGCAAAUCGGGAGACGACGAUCUCCACGCUCACGCGGUCGUGACGGAUUUUUACUUCGAUUGGGGUUUCGGGGGUGUCCUCGAGACGGUGUAUUGGUGUCGGCUGGCGUUUCAAGACAAGCGUCUUGGUUUCACAGCGUUUAACGGGGAAGAUGAAUUCAGUCACAAAACAUACGUUGCAGACUUCGAUGUGUACGAUGAUGGAGUUUUCGGGACUGAAGUCAAGUCCGGGAAACGACUUCGUUUUGCUGAAUGGCAUUGA